AUGAGGUAUGGAGGUGCUGAGGUGGGGUAUAGGGGUGGUGAUGGCUUCGCGCCACCAGCGCAGAGGAGGAGGACGGAUAGCGGUGUUGCAACCGACAAUCCACCCGUCAAGUCGCCGCUAGCAGAGGAUGUGGGGCCGUCGAUGACGACAACGAAUGCCACCCCGGGGAGGAGAGCGCCGCUACCGCCUUAUCCGCCUCCGGCUGCGUCGGCGGCGUGGAGGGUCGCGAGUCCCCCGAAGAGUGAGGAGGAGAAGGAGAGGGAGUUGGCGAGUUAUUAUCGCAGGCCUCUUGCUGUGGGGGUUGCGGCGGGGGAGGGAGUGGGGGCGGGAGUGAUGGUGGCGGCCGCGAGGAUGCCGUUACCCAGCGUAGCUGCGCGAGUUGGUAGUGCAGACGAGGGACGCGGAGCAGCAGGUGGCAGUCCGGCGAGUUCGGUGGAGAAGAGGCCCAAGAGGAGGGAGUUGAGCAAAGAGCAGCGUGAGCAUGCCGCUGCGGUGAGAAGGCUGGGGGCGUGUGGGGAGUGUAAGGCGAGGAAGGUGAAGUGUAGUCCUAGUCAUCAUCGGGGGAGUCCGGGGCUGGGGGGGAGGGGGAGUGGGAGUCCCGGGCCGACGGGGUCGGGGGGGUGUAGUAAUAGUCCUGGGAGGGGUGGGGGAGGGGGGAGUGUUGGGCUGAUUGUGAGGAAGAGGAAGUCUGAGAGCCCUGCACCGGUUAUGCACAUGGGUAUGAGCAUGCUCUCGCGCCGCGCAAGCCCUGAUGCCGCAGACGACGAUGAUGGUGUAGAUGGGGAAGUGCUUGUUGUGGCUGUUGAGGAGUGAAUGAGGGUCGUGUAUGAAUGACACGAACGGCUAUGUGGGGAGGGAGUUGGUUUCUUCACUGUUCUGCCAACUAUGAUUUGGCUCUCGGUGCCGUGUGCUGUUGGGCUUACCGCUAUGCUAGCGAUGCAUUAUUAUGAUGAUAUAGAUGCGUUGAAAGGGGGUGUAUGAACCACGCCACAGCCACAGAUGAGGUGUUACGAUACGUUUUAGCCUUAUUAGCUAGGUCUUGCUAUUUGCUCUAUGCCUUGCGAUGGGCUUUGGAGCACAGUUUGGAGGGAAAUACGCGGCGUGGGGGGGGAGAGCCAAGCAGAAGGAGGGAUCUCGGCAGAUUCCCUUCUUCACAGUAUGCAUAUCCUUUGGGAAUUUGCAGGGUGGUGCCUGCGCUUCCUGCGUCAUGAAACACCGGGCAGCCUGCUGAUCUCUUCAUUCCUCUCAAGAAGACCAGGAGCCUACUCCUCCGAAGGAUGAUAAUCCUCGUCCUGGGGAGCGUGCUGGGACUCGGGCCCACGCACGGAAGUUGGCGUUGGAGGGAGCUCAGAGAAAUGGUGGUGGAAAUGCUGUUUGGGUUGGGAUUUCGGCGUACGGACUUGUGGUGCAGUGGGUUUUCGUUGUUUUUGCCUCUUUGCCUAAGAUAGACCAAAAUGGCAGUAGAUUUCUU